AUUUUCUAUUUACGUCAUUAUAGGUAAUUAUUAAGAACAGUUCCUUGUAGUUCACUUGUCGAUUAUUACAGAAAAAAACAGAUUCUUAAUUCCGUUAUCAAGAAUAUUACGAAAAUUCGUUACUUUUAAUUCAAGUUGCAAGCCAUACGAAGAAUAAUGGAGUUCGAGAGUCCAAAGAAAGACAUCAAAUUCGAAUUUCCUUCAUCAGAGUUUACUAAUAUUUAUUUAAUCUCUGUUCUUUCUGUCCCCGAAAAUGGCCUCCCAUGGAUGUUCUUGCAUCUCGAACUCAAUUUUCCAAUUGCUUUUGCUGCCAACAGAUCUGUACGAUUUAUACUCUGAAACGAUUCUGCAUUUUUCUUCUCUUCAUCGCUAUCUUUUCAGUUAUCGCAGUUCUGAUCGCCGCAUUGCCUGUAAUUCUCCUGUUGAAGCCUCGAGAGCCGAUUUUUUCUCUCCAGUCGUUGCGAUUGGAUUGGUACAACAUUAGCGUCAAAUCCGGCUCUUCGUUUGUUUCUUCUGUUUUCACUCUCACUCUCAAUUCUCAAAACCCUAACAGAAUCGCCAUUAAGUACAGUCCGUCGAGGCUCCUCGUGAUCUACGAUGGAAACGCCGUGAUCGGAACGAUUCGAGUCCCUGAAGUUUUCCAGCCGGCUCGCAGCGACGAUCGGAGUGUUCGAACUCGUCUGUUGUUGCAUCGAUUCAAUGUCGAUUUGUUCGACGCGACGCGCGAGUUGGCUGAGAUCAAAGUUGUUGGCGACGUUGGAGUGGAGCUGCUCGUGCUUCAUAUGGCCGUGUUGAAGAUGAAGGUUGCUCUGAAUUGCGAUGUGAUUGUCAAUUACAGAGAGCUUAAUUUCAGAAAUGAAGUACUUGACAAUGGAUCAGGAACUAUAAAAAAAGCUCUGUUUUCAGGGUUCAUUUGGUUCCAACUCCCAGACAAUGUCCACAAACUGUGGCAUCGCUUUUUACUUAUGAAGGAAAUUAAACAACGAACCCAAAUUAGCUGAUCCUGAUUGAUUGUGGAGAUUCCUGUUACCUGUUAUCGGAAUGCUUCUCGAUCAUGACUCGAGAAAGAAUUACAAUAUCAACUUUAGCAUAGCUUACUGAUUAAGAUAUUUUUCUCUCUCCUAAAAGUUAUUGAUUCGAUAUACAAUUUUUUGAUACAUUUCAUCGAUGUGAAUUUGACAACAUUUUAUGUUAUUUGUGAA